AUAAAACAAUUUAGAUCAGCCAUGGAUGACCUAAUAAUCUCUCCAUCUUCAUCUUCUUCACUGGUUUCUUUUUCCCAGGAAACUCCACCUUCAACUCUCCAGCAGAGGCUUCAACUUAUGAUCCAGAGCCAGCAAGACUUGUGGGCGUAUGCUGUAUUUUGGCAGACAUUGAAUGAUGAUCUUGGUCGUUUGUUCUUGGCUUGGGGAGAAGGUUAUCUUCAAUGCACCAAUGAUACGUCUCCGAAGCUGACUUCCAAUAUUGUUCAUAGUCGAAGAAAGGUGAUGAAGGGAAUCCAAGCGCUCAUCGGGGACAAUCAAGACAUCGAUAUGUCGAUGAUAGACGGAACCGAUAUCACCGAUGUUGAAUGGUUUUAUAUGAUGUCGAUGACUCAGUCUUUCUCUGCCUGCGAUGGGAUUCCAGGCAAGGCUCUUAGUACUAGGUCUUUGGUUUGGUUAACCGGUGCUCAUGAGUUGCAGUUUUACAAUUGUGAAAGAGCUCGAGAAGCACAAAUGCAUGGCGUUGAAACACUGGUUUGUAUACCAACUUCUUGUGGUAUUGUUGAGUUAGGAUCCUCGGAAGUGAUCAGGGAAAACUGGGGUUUAGUCCAGCAAGUGAAAUCCCUAUUCGGAUCCGAUCUUAUUAAACAAUCAAAUACGAAUCUAACCCCAGGUCCGAUCCAGUUCCUUGAUAGAAACAUCUCUUUUGCAGACAUCGGCAUAAUAGCCGGUGUUCAAGAAGAAGAUGAUGCAAGCCCGGACAUUAAAACAAAGCGAGAAAGCAACACUCAAACCAAGAAAGAUUCCUCAAAGCUCGGGCAACUUUCGUACGCUGAUUCAGAGCAUUCAGAUUCUGAUUUUCCAUUACUUGACAUGAACAAAGUAGAGAAGAGAGCCCCAAAGAAACGAGGAAGGAAACCCGGGCUCGGACGAGAGACACCGUUGAACCACGUGGAAGCCGAGAGGCAACGCCGUGAGAAGCUGAACCUCAGGUUCUACGCUCUCCGAGCCGUAGUCCCGAACGUGUCGCGCAUGGACAAAGCAUCGCUCUUAUCUGACGCUGUCUCGUACAUCAACGAGUUAAAGGCGAAGAUCGAAGAACUCGAGUCGCAGCUUCAGAGAGAAUGUAAGAAAGUGAAGGUAGAAAUGGUCGAUAACACCAUGGAUAACCAAAGCACCACCACCAGUUCCGAGGAACAAGCAAUGAGGCCAAGCGAUUCAUCAUCCGGAACUGGAACAGGUGGAUCCGGUGAGCUUGAACUCAAUGUCAAGAUCACGGGAAACGACGCAAUGAUCAGGGUUCAAUCAGAGAAUGUGAACUAUCCAGCUGCUAGGUUAAUGGGUGCUCUUCGAGACCUGGAAUUCCAGCUCCAUCAUGCAAGCAUGUCGUGUAUUAACGACCUAAUGCUUCAGGAUAUUGUCGUUGGGGUUCCUGGUGGAUUGAGAAGCGACGAAGACCUAAAAUCUGCUCUUAGAAGGAGGCUAGAUCAGCAGUAAGGUUUAAUUAAGGCUAUGAAUUAUAUUCAUUUUCAAUAUUUGCUGGUUU